AUGAUCAUACCUGUACCGCACUCGAGAGCGGAACGGAAGCCACAGGAUGGGAGCUUUGCUACCAAGAGGAAGAAAAAAGAUGCUAUCCCAUCCUAUGGCACCCUGUACUGUAUGAUACCGGUAUCUUCAAGUGAGCCGGAUAAUUUAAAUUUCCGAGAGUCAAUGCUCUCUAAAACACUGGGACUUUGUGCUGUGGGUGGGCCAAGGGAAUUAGACAAAAGUUUAUUUGCGGAAGAAACCUGGCCAAUUGAGCCAACAACCUCUGCUGCUUAG